AUGAGCCAAUCCAGCCCCAUCAGGACGAGCCUCGGUCAUCGCCCCCCCAGCGUGGCCUUUAUUGACAAUCGCCUUCCAGAGCAUCACCAGAUGUUUGCGGAUCUUUCUGUGCGUUAUGAUCCGGUUUCCGAAACCUAUGUGCCUGCUAUGGUCCAGGAGGACGAUGCUGUUGCUAUGGCAUCGCGACCAGUGUUUACGGACAUCAACGCGAUGAAAUUCUGGGAAAGCAUCCUCCCCAGAGCCAUGUCAGAGCUGAGCUCAACACCGGAGCCCAAAGGGCGGACCGAGACAGCAUAUAGCAUCCGGAACAAGACAAACUGGUAUGCUGUCUUCAGCGUGCUCGAAGACGCGAGGUUCAAAUAUGAGAACAGAGAGGGUCCAAUAAACAAGCUGCGUGACAUGCGGCGAAAGGCCGCGAACAGAGCCGGGCCGGUGGGAAGCGUGGUUGGAAUCGUCUCAAAGGUUAUCCCUGAGGGCACCUGUGCUACGCCUGUGCUAGGCGCGUUGCAAAUUCUCCUAGGCGCAGUCAAGAUUGCUGCGAACCUACGUGAAAAGGUCCUGGGAAGUUUCGAUGACAACAUAGCCAUCUUCUCGGACGUCGAGUUGUUUCUUGGGACUUUUCCAGACGAUGCAAACAUUAUAAAUGCAUCAGUGGAUUUGACAGUGGCUGCACUCAAGGGAGUUGAGCUGGCCAUAGGGUUCUUCAUAAGCAAAUCAUUAAAAAGAGGGACCAAGGCUCUUCUAUCAAGUGAUGACUACGAGAAGGGUCUGCUUGAAAGCCUUGAUUCGAUCAAGACGAAAAGCAAAAGCCUCAUGGAAGAAGCUUUAAAAUCACAUAUAUACGAAGUCCAUAUAUACUCUCAAGAGACGCAAAAGCUCUGUAGAAACAUCCAGACUCUCAGCGAAGCAAUGGACAGGAAAUUGCAGAACUUGGGAGAGGGAUUCAACUCUAUGAAUCUGCUAUUGACGGAACACGUCAAAGAAAAAGAGAAACUGCUGGAAGCUGCUCGCCAGCAGCUUGAAGUUGCCUACCGCGAGAAUCAUUUUCUCAGGGCCGAAAACAACACAUUGCGUGCCUAUUCGCCGCUCAGAAGCAUAUCACCAUUCCAACCGCCGCCGACGCAGAUAUUGGCGGCACAAUGGUACAUCAGCCAACAGGAUCUACGACAGCUAUCGGACCAGUUUGAUGUUGAUCUUGUUGACCUUGCCUUUGUUGCGGACAGAAAGGGCCAGUUUCCUCCCAAGCAACGACUACAAGCUGAGCAAAUCGUCAACACGGGGCUAUUCCGCAACUGGGUCAUAUCGCCCACUUCUUCGAAGCUGCUGAUCCAUUGGGACAAUCGUCCUCCGAGGGGCGUUGCUGGUGUCUCGCCUCUGUCUGUCUUCUGCAUGACCAUGACGCAGGCAUUGAGAGCCAAGCAUCAGUUUGUAUCUCUUGUAUGGUUUUGUGGACGACAUGCCGAAGCAGCAGAUUCCGGAGGUUGCAUUGGUGCGCGUGCCAUGGUUGGGAGCCUGAUUGAUCAGUUGCUGAAGCAACACACAUUUGACGCUCAAUUUUUCUCUUCUACGUCCAUCAACGUUGCCGGGUUACAAGAGGGCAACCUCAACUCAUUGAUACAGCUGCUAUGCUAUCUCAUCAGGCUUCUGCCUCCGACUGUGUCGGUCUUCAUCAUCAUUGACAACUCUGUCCUGUAUGAGCGAGACGGAUUCGAGGAGGAGCUGCUGCAAGUCUUUCCGAUCUUGAUCCAUCUCUCCCAAGACAAGACAAUGCCCGCGGCUAUCAAGUUGCUAUUCACAAGUACACCCGGCACCACGACUGUGAGAAGUGCCUUUCAGGAUGAAGACCUAAUAUUGAACGUCGAUAACUUGCCGCACAUGACGUGGGCACCAAGCGAGGAGCGCAUGAUGAGGGAGCUUGAGGGAGGGUUUGAUUGA